AUCCAGUCCUGCAGACUGAAGGAAGUUGCAGAGUGAUUGCAGUUUCAGUCUGACKUCCCUCACUGAGUAAAGCAGCGCUGCUUCUGCAAACUGAAGAACCCACCUGCAUUUACAUGAUAUUCUUCUGAAGCUCAGAAGUGUUUUAUUUAACUGUUGCACAAUGUUUCCAAAUUCGUCUUUGAUUUCAAAAGAAACCAAACAUUUAAAGGAUGACUCGACAAAAGUGGACUUUGAGGCCGUCAUGGACAACAUCAGCAUCGUCAUCUACACUCUUACCGUCCUGUUUGGCCUCACAGGAAACGCCAUGGUGAUCUGGGUGGCUGGAUUCAAGCUCAAGAGGAAAGUGACCAACGUGUGGCUGGUGAAUCUGGCGAUAGCGGACCUGAUCUUUUGCAUCACACGAGUCUUCUCCCUSAUUAAGAAGCUCUUUUAUGACCACUGGCCCUUCGGCGUCUUCGUCUGCAAGUUCAACAGCUUCUUCAAAUAUGCAAACAUGUUCUGCUCCGUCUUCCUGCUGGCUGUGAUCAGUCUGGACCGGAUGCUUUGUGUCUGGAGGCCCAUCUUUACGAAGCAACGCCGCACCUUGUGUGCAGCCAGAGUGGUGGCAGUCCUCAUCUGGAUMUCAGCGAUCGCCUUCAGCAUGCCCUUCUUCUUCUACAGGGAAGUUUACCUGAAGAACAACAGGACCAAGUGUUCCAUGGAUGUGAAGGAGGCGAAGGAGGGGGACAACAGCACCAAAUAUGCUCUCUACCUCAUACGCUUCCUGUGUGGCUUUGUUUUACCCUUCGUUGUCAUYCUCGUGUGUUACAUUAUGACUGGUGUGGGCAUCAGACGCACCCGCCUGGUAGGGAAGUCCCGCCCCCUGCGUAUACUAGCAUCACUAGUGAUUGCCUUCUUCCUGUGCUGGGCUCCUUACCACUGCCUGCAGCUUGUGAAGAUGGUGGACAGUAAGAACGCCGUGUUGAAGAUCUGGCAGCCGUUAGCGUCUGCUCUAGCCUACUUUAACAGCUGCGUGAACCCGCUGUUGUACUUCUGCGUGGGGCUGAAUGUGAGGGGGCAGUUCAGGCAGAGCCUAACAGGCAUUUACCGGAGAGCCCUGGCUGAAGAUGUCGAAGGACAGACGAGUCAGUCAAACGAUUUAGAUGAGACCACUGCUUCAAAAUAYGAUUCUGCUGUGGUGUCAGGAAGAACUGAAGUUUGAGUCGCUUUAUAGUCGAUAAACUCAGAAGUCAAGUCUAUUUUAGCUCCGAGRUAUUUCAAAAUUAUAAACAGAACAAGUAGAGCUACAAAAGGAAUUGAAACACUUUUAAMGUUGAUUCAGUAACCCAGCCAUCAUCAAGAACCUAAAACUUGUCUUCUAAAAAAAUUAAUGUAUUAAAAAUGUUGUAUAAAAGACGCAAUAUAGUGCAAUUAAAAAUGGAAACAUUUUGGCAUGAAAAGAACUCAAACAUGUUUAUUGAUGUAUUUUUUGAUGUGCAUAAAAGGUGAGGAAAUCAUUACAUCUAACAAAUCAGCAGACAUUUCUCUGAACGUGUUUAGUUUUACUUUAAUAUAUCAAGAUUGUAAAUAAUGAAAUGCUCCACGAUCCAUCAUAAUUACUCAAUUUAAAUCCUUUAAAUUGUAUUUUUUUAUUUACAAAAUGUUUUUAACUGUAUAGUCUGGAUUAUGUCUACAUAAAUAAGCUCAAGAGUUAAAAAAACGGAAUUUCCUAGUUGGAUGUCUACCUUUAACUUUAGCAAAGAUAAGCAAGAUAACCAUGUUAUUUGUGAACCAACUACUUUAGUGUGAGUGUUCACUGCAGUAAAUGUGUUCUUAUGCACCAAUGGAUGUUUGAAAAACAUAUUUAAUGUGACAAUAUGUGCGAAAUGUUUUUGAAAGCAGUUUUUUGUGCYGCCAAAAUGACAGGGCACUCUGAAAUGUGGUGUUUUCUGAACAUUAAACUA